AUGGGAACAUUCGAUGUUUAUGAUCCAUUGAGAAAUGUGAAUAUAAGUUUUACCGAAGAGCAGCUAAUAGAAAUUUCAGAAUGGUUUGAUGCAACUGCUAAGCCGCGAUUAGUUAUAAAUAAUGGAGAUCCUAUAAAUGUUAUAACUAUAGAUGAUUUAAAGCAGUUUUUGGAGCUUAAAAAAAUCCAUAGAAGAAGUUUCCAUUAUCCAUCGUAUGGAGAAAUUAUGAUUGAAGCAGAGAAAUUGAAAGCUGGCAUAACAAGAAUGUUAACCAAAGAACAAAUGAUAUAUAUGUUAAAUAAAUGGACUUUGCGACCAAAUUUAAAACAUGAAUUAAAACUAGCUUUUAAGGUAUUUGACACAGAGAAGAGAAAUUUUCUAGAUAUAGAAGAAAUAAAAGUAAUUGUCAAUUCUUAUGGCGACGUUUUUAAUGAAUCGGAAACUUUAGAAAUGCUACGCGAUGCAAAUGUGUCUGGGAAUGGAAAUGUUAUUUAUGAGGAAUUUGUUGAAAGUCUUUUUAGUCUGGCGCCUGAACUAAACGAAAUAAAGGCAGAAUAUUUAUACGACGAUCCUGAUGAAGAUCCUUCUGUCCCACCUGAAGUUGUGUCAGAGGAUGUGCAACCCCCACCGCUAAAGGAUCCUAAAUAA